GCCGUGCCUAGCUUUGCCAUUUCGUCCUCGUCCGCCCACUAUUCUCGCUCUCGCUCAUCUGCGUCCCUCACCACCACCUCCUCAGCUCCUCAAUUCUCACUCAUCUUUUAGGCGCGUCGAGGUGAGAUUUACUACCAAAUCAUACAAACUUGAGAGGCCCGUGUCGUUGAACGAAAUCAUCAUGGUGCCGAAGCCCGCAUCGUUGGAAGUCGCCUCCUCCGCUCCUCCCAACGCAGGCAUCAGCUUGUCAGAGUCAGAGCCACAAUCACAAUCGGAGUCGGAAUCGGAAUCGGAACCGAGUCUAGAUUCUUCCUUUUGGAGCGUGGAUAAGCGCGCCAAGCAGUUCACUCUCGCCGUGGUUUGCCACGAAGGGAAGAUCCUCCUCGGCCGGAAGCAGCGCGGGUUCGGCAAGGGUCUCUUUAUGUUCUUUGGCGGGAAAGUCGAGCCUGGAGAAACCACGGACCACGCCGCUGCUCGCGAGCUGCAGGAGGAAGCGGGUCUGGUGGCGGAGAGCUACGAGAAGCGCGCCGAGCUCACGUUCCACCUGGACGGGCAGCCCAAGCCGUGGCAGGUGCAUGUAUACAUAGUGGAGAGAUUCAGUGGGGAGAUGUGCAACAGUGACGAGAUGCUUCCGCAAUGGUUUCCCACCUCCGACAUUCCCUAUGGCGAAAUGUUUCCAGACGAUAUCAUAUGGGUGCCCUGCUUUCUGAAAGGUGACAGGCUCAGAGCAGAGUUUGUGUCCAGUGCGGAUGGCAUGGUGAUGCGGCAACACCAUCUAACAAUCCUGUAGCCUUGCUCAGUGACAAGUUACAAUGUCUAAUAACCAACCAGCCGGUAGUUCCACACGUGGCCACUGGCCAGCUUCCCGGUAGAUUGUCCCGCAAAACCAGCAUUCAAGGCUGACCAAAUAAGCUGGUGGCGCUUAUGUUAUCCCGCAUUUGAAGAUUGGGCAAGAAUAUCCAUCCAGGCCUCCCAUGAUGUUCUGUCCCUGGAGUUACUGUGAAUCCCUCCCAUCCGUCCCAUUAUGACCCCAAUGUUUCAGACUUACCAUAAGACAAGACAACGUGUCUGUUUGUUGGUGUUGGAAAUAU